UUCCACUCUUAGUCAAAGGAAGGAUUGAUUCCUUUGGGAAGGGACACAAAUCACUUCAAUUUGAACAAGUGGGGCAUUGCCGCUCCAAGGAUCUAACCACUUCUUGAUUUACACACUUUUGCGUUUUUUCUGCUUAAGAAAGAUCAGAAGAGGUGAAAGGAGAAUCGAAGAAAAAGUUGUUAGGGGAUGAUGACAUUUGAUAUUAGAUCUGCUGCUUGAUCGUUCUGUGUUUCUACAACUGACACACCAGGAAACAUUACCAGCACCGUGAAGACAUAUUUGGAGAAAACAGAGCAUCUUUGAGCAUUUUGUGGUCCUUUUUUGCGUCUUGGUGACACCUGGAUCUGUGUCCAAACUCUUUUAAAUCUGUGCGCCGAGCUGUCAGAUCUCUCUCUCUCUCUCUUUUACGCACGGGAGGUGGGCACCUGAGAACAUCAUCGCGCACCAACGGGACGGGACUGUGAAAGAUCCCGUUUACAUGUUUGGAAUUCAGGAGAGCAUCCAAAGGAGUGGGAGUACUUUGAAAGAGGAGCCCAUCGGAGCCGGCAUGAACGCAGUCCGAACAUGGAUGCAAGGUGCCGGGGUGCUGGAUGCGAACACGGCCGCGCAGAGUGGAGUGGGGUUGGCCCGGGCGCACUUCGAGAAACAGCCGCCCUCAAACCUUCGCAAAUCCAACUUCUUCCACUUCGUUUUAGCCCUUUAUGAUCGGCAAGGACAACCAGUAGAAAUUGAGAGAACCUCUUUUGUUGGAUUUGUGGAAAAAGAGAAGGAGACUAGUGGAGAAAAGACAAACAAUGGAAUACAUUACAGACUGCAACUUCUUUUCAGCAACGGCAUCAGAACAGAGCAGGAUUUUUAUGUAAGGCUAAUUGACUCCAUGACUAAACAGGCAAUCAUUUACGAAGGGCAAGACAAGAAUCCUGAGAUGUGCCGUGUACUCUUGACUCAUGAAAUCAUGUGCAGUCGUUGCUGUGACAAAAAGAGUUGUGGGAACCGUAACGAGACGCCCUCUGAUCCCGUAAUCAUCGACAGGUUUUUCCUGAAGUUUUUUCUCAAAUGCAAUCAGAACUGUCUGAAGAACGCCGGAAACCCACGGGACAUGCGACGCUUUCAGGUGGUUGUUUCGACAACAGUGAGUGUAGAAGGACACGUGCUGGCCGUUUCAGACAACAUGUUUGUGCACAACAACUCCAAACAUGGCAGAAGAGCCCGGAGACUAGACCCGUCAGAGGGAACGCCGUCAUAUCUGGAACACGCCGCCCCAUGUAUCAAAGCCAUUAGUCCCAGUGAAGGCUGGACAACAGGAGGCGCUACUGUCAUCAUCAUUGGAGACAACUUUUUUGACGGACUCCAGGUCAUCUUCGGCACCAUGUUGGUCUGGAGCGAGCUCAUCACACCUCAUGCCAUCAGAGUUCAGACACCUCCGCGUCACAUCCCUGGGGUGGUAGAGGUCACGCUCUCCUACAAAUCCAAACAGUUUUGCAAAGGCACACCAGGCAGAUUCAUCUACACAGCCCUGAACGAGCCCACCAUAGACUACGGUUUUCAACGGUUACAGAAGGUGAUACCCCGGCACCCUGGAGACCCUGAGCGUUUGCCAAAGGAAGUGAUUUUGAAGAGAGCCGCAGAUUUGGUGGAAGCACUUUAUGGAAUGCCACACAACAACCAGGAAAUCAUUCUAAAGCGAGCAGCGGACAUUGCAGAAGCCUUGUACAAUGUGCCACGAAACCACAACCAGCUGACCGGCCUGACCAACAGCUCCGUCCACGCGAGUAUGAUGGGUGUCAACUCCUUCACCGGACAGCUCGCUGUUAACGUCUCAGAGUCAUCUCAGGGUGGAGGCCAGGGUUUCAUUCGUAACACGAGUAGCGUUUCUCCACACGGUUAUGUGCCAAGCUCCACCCCUCAACAGAGCACUUACAGUACGGUCUCCACCAGCAUGAAUGGCUAUGGCAACAGUGCCAUGACCAACCUGACCAGCUCCCCAAGUUUCCUGAAUGGCUCUGCCGCCAAUUCACCCUAUGCCAUUGUCCCCUCCAGCCCCACCAUGGCCUCCUCUACCAGCCUGCCAUCAAACUGCAGCAGCUCUUCUGGAAUCUUCUCCUUCUCUCCAGCAAACAUGGUUUCGGCUGUAAAGCAGAAAAGCGCGUUCGCUCCUGUCGUACGACCUCAGUCCUCGCCUCCACCCACAUGCACCGGCACUAACGGGAACGGUCUCCAAGAUCAGUCUUUUGUCGACUCUAACAAGUACUCCACAGCCAGCGCACUCCAGGGCCUGGCCUUCUCCUGAAUGAUCUCUGGGAUGAUUGUUCCUCCCAUGUAAGGUGUGUUUGUGUGAGUGUGUGUGUGCGUUCGUGUGUAGACAGAGCGAAAGAUGAAACGCUGUGUCGUGCCGCUGGUUUCAGCGAGCUCGUGCAGAAGACUCCGGUGAAGGACGGACUUGCAGUCCUGCUCUGAAGGAUGAAAAACUACAAACUCAGGCCCUUUUUAAACUCAAUCUGCUUUGAAAUAAAAAUAGGAAGAUGAGGAAAAAAACAUUGAACUGAACUGUUGUACCUCCCUGUUUAAAUGUUUUAAAAUUUGUACUCACCUUGUAGACACUUUUUAAGAUAAGAGGCACAGGCAAUGCUUACCCGCCCUAUCUGAACUAUAACAUGAGAGGUCUAUUUAUUUAAAAAAAAAACAAAGCAGUUAUUGAUUUACCAUCAUAUUUGUGUGUUUUUGUGUGUACCACCAUUUUUAUGAAAUGACACGAUAUUGCAGUGGUUUCUAUUUAUGAUUUUAUACGCUAAAUGAAGGAUUACCAGUGAUGUUUGCGCAGUUAUUGUCCCAAUGAAUUUGAAAAAGAAACAUAUGUCGAUUAGCCAGUCUACAGAUUUUGCCAGCAAUGUAAUAUUAAAUACCCCUAAAAUUCUCUUUUACCUUGGUUUUAAACCACAUAACAUUUGCCAAAGGGAGGAUCUGAACUCCCUAGCAUUGUUGCUGUCAUGCCAUUACCUUUACAUUCAUGUUUCAUGUGUCGACACAAUGCUGUCUUUCAGUUCUACUUCAUUUAUGGCCAAUUAAAACAUGCGUGAUUGCUUUUUAUCAUUGUAAAGUUGUAAAGUUGUCAUUUUAAUGUCACUGUUUAAUUCACACAGUCCUAACUCUGGAGUUUUCCCAGCCUGAUCUCACGGGAAUUUGUAUGCAUUUCUAUAAAAGUGAAUUGUACAAAUACGAGCGAUUAUUAUAAAAAAAACAAUAAUAAAAACUAUGCCCCUAACCUCAAUGUCACAGGAGCGAAAGCAAAUUUUACAAAAACAUACAAUUGUGAUCGUACAAAUUAGCCAUGCACCUCAUAAAAUAUGUAUUUACGUUUACGUGGCACUUAAAUACAAUCUUUCUCAUGUGACUUGAAGGCAGCAUUUGACAUUUCAUUCUCAUCUCUAGUCAGAUCUUAUCUCAUUCAAUCAUUAUAUAACAGUAUAGACCAAACACUUACCCAUAGUAACACAACAUAGUCUAAGACACUGCACAAAGACAAUAUACACAGAGCCAUGGGGUCUAAUAAACCUGAACUUUUGCUAACUUCUUUGAAUAAAGAACUAUGAAGGAUUUUAUUUAAUGCUCAAAAAAGAGAAAUGAUUAGUGUGUUAGUUUAUUUUAUUUGAAUGACUUUAGCCUUUUAAUUGGUUUGAUUUAUAGAAAAACUUUGAUAACUUCCUUCCACAGAAUAAUAGAUUUAUUUAAAGAGAGUGGAAGGAGAUGUUUAAAGUAUUUUACGUUUAAACCGAUCCAAACGUCAUUUAUGGCCAUUUACGUCAUCAAUGAAUGAUCCAACAUCUAUAAAGCCAUUACUUAUGAGGUUUUGUACAGAAUGAUGAAUAUGUAUGAGUUUGUAUUAUUUUCUUUUGUUCAGCGUUAAAGAUCUAUUUAUGAAUCAGAAAGGAGGCAGCUUACAGUCUGAUUUAAUGUUUACGGUAUAUAAGCAGAUCUCAUCGACUUCAGAGGUUUUCAUGAUCAGAAACUGAAUAUAUGUGAAUCAUGUAUGUAUGUAUCGUGUGAAUCUGUACAUGCUUCAGUCGUCCUCUCUCUUUAUGUUUUUACUUGUUGCCGAUAAUCUGCUCUUUUUAUCAUCUGCCAAUUUGUGUCCAUAAAUGUGAGUCAAUUGUGUAGUAACCGUGUAUGACAAAGUACCAUGUUUUAUUUUUCGAAACCCAUUCGCGAUUGCGAUUAGGGUUUAUGUUCAUGAAAAUGUGUGUGGUUUUUGUUUCAUAUUUUGUUUUUAUACUUUGUUUUGGAUGGCAAAAUUAGUUUAAUAGUAUGUACUUUAAUGCAAUGGAUUUUGAGAAUAUAUUCACCAGGUAAACAUUAUAAACAUAGCCUAUCUUUUAAUUUCACUUGCCAAGAAAGUGAGUUUAAUGCACAGAAAGUAUAUGAUCUCCCUCAAGAUUUAGUCUCUCUUUAUUUCCCUCCUGAAUAAUUCCUUGGUUAUCUUAUGGAAGCGUACCAACAAAUGUCUUAUUUAUUUAUUUUUAAAAUAAAAUGUAUUUAGAUGGUUUGCAUAGCAUUUAAAAUGAGUACAGGUUAAACUGUGGUGUAACAGCACAAGAGUCUAUACAGUCAUUCGCUCACACAUCUCAUUUCAUAACACAUUUCUAUUCUACAUUUCAUGUCAUCACAAACGUUGAACUAAAUCUACAUGUAGUCGAUUGAAACCCUGUAACACCUGAGUCAGUUUAUUUGGCCUCUUUCUGAAAUGUGGCUUUCCCUGUUGUUUAAGCGUUCAUGAAAUGGGCAUAAAUCUGUUUGAUCAGUUAUCAGCAUUUGUUUGUCACUUGAUUUAUUAAUAUGUCACACAUUCAAACCGUCAGCUAUUAUACCUGUUGAAUGCAAACUUUGUUUUGUAGACUGGACCUUCAGUGGGCAGUUUUUACUGGUGAAAAAUAUAAAAAGAAACUACUGUAAAGAUGAUCAUUUUUUAAUUACCUUUGAACUGUAAAAUAACUUUUUGACUUUCACAAUAUUUAAUUAAAGUUUCCUCUUGUCUGUGA